CCCCGUCCGAAUAUCGAAUUUUUAGUUUGAUAUUCGCGAAUAUCAAUCUGCUGCUCAAUUGAUGGACGUGAAAAAACUUUAUUUGGUAGCAUACAAAAAGACCAUAUCUGACGCUUUUGUUCCAAAAAAUAUUGUGUUCGUCUUUCAUUAAGCACCCCAUUUACUUAUGCCAUAAGCACUGCACGGCGACUUAGUCGGUUAUUUCAACUUGAGGUGGAUUAUUAUGAAUUAUUUUUCCUGAAAUAAGACUUGAUAAGUAAUUAAAUAAGUGUAAAAGUCAAGAUAUUUCAGCGGCAUUGAGAACAUACGAAAAUGUACUUUCAGAGUGUGUCCAGACUGCCUCGCCUUUUGAACCGGCUGAAACUGGUGAGGCAUAAACACUCAACUACAGGGUUGGACCCAGAAUGGGCUAAGCUUGCAACAAAACAGCUUAAAUCUGAAGAGGCCCUGAAGAAGCUUGUCUGGAGAACAUCAGAUGGCAUAGAAGUGAAGCCAAUUUAUACAGCAAAGGAUGUGGAAAAUGUUUCCGCCGAGCUGCCGGGUCAGUUUCCGUUCACGCGCGGCCCAUACCCCACAAUGUACGCCCAGCGGCCGUGGACCAUUCGUCAGUACGCCGGCUUCUCCACGGUCGAGGAGAGCAACAAAUUCUACCGGCAAAACAUCAAGGCCGGACAGCAGGGACUCAGCGUGGCCUUCGAUCUGGCGACACACUGCGGUUACGACUCUGACAACCCGCGCGUCUCGGGCGACGUCGGCAUGGCCGGCGUGGCCAUCGACUCUGUGGAGGACAUGAAGACGCUCUUCGACGGCAUCCCGCUGGACAAGAUGUCCGUCUCGAUGACCAUGAACGGAGCGGUCAUCCCCAUCAUGGCCAUGUUUAUCGUCACCGGCGAGGAACAGGGUGUUAGCACAAAGCAACUAUCUGGAACGAUUCAGAACGACAUUCUGAAGGAGUUUAUGGUUCGCAACACAUACAUCUACCCUCCAGCUCCUUCGAUGAAGAUCAUUGGAGACAUUUUCGCCUACACUGCCGAGAACAUGCCCAAGUUCAACUCCAUCUCCGUUUCGGGCUACCACAUGCAGGAGGCAGGCGCCAGCCCGGUGUACGAGAUGGCCUUUACGCUAGCCGACGGCCUGGAGUACUGCCGCACCGGCCUGAAGGCCGGGCUGGACAUUGACGCAUUCGCGCCGAGGCUCUCAUUCUUCUGGGGUAUCGGCAUGAACUUCUACAUGGAGAUAGCCAAGAUGCGAGCCGCCCGCCGUCUCUGGGCCACCCUGAUGAAGGAAAAGUUCAACCCGAAGAACGACAAGUCCAUGAUGCUGCGAACCCACUCACAGACGUCCGGGUGGUCCCUCACCGAACAGGACCCGUACAACAACAUCAUCCGCACGACGGUGGAGGCGAUGGCGGCGGUGUUCGGCGGCACGCAGUCGCUGCACACCAACUCCUUCGACGAGGCGCUGGCCCUGCCGUCAGUGUUCUCGGCUAGGAUCGCGCGCAACACCCAGAUCAUUCUCCAGGAGGAGACAGGCAUACCCAAGGUGAUCGACCCGUGGGCCGGCUCGUACGCCAUGGAGGCGCUCACAGACGAGAUGUACCGGGCCGGCCGAGAGGUCAUUGACCAGGUCGAGGAGAUGGGUGGCAUGGCAGAGGCGGUCGCCUCCGGCUGGCCAAAACUGAAAAUUGAGGAGUGUGCUGCCAGGAAACAGGCCGCCAUUGACUCCGGCACAGAGGUGAUUGUGGGCGUCAACAAGUACCGUCUGGAGAAGGAGGAGCCGCUGGACGUGCUGAUGAUCGACAAUCAGCAGGUGUACCGCGCCCAGUGUGACAAGCUGGAACGACUGCGGGCCUCCAGGGACCCGGCGGCUGUCAAAGAGGCGCUGGCGGCCGUCACUGAGGUGGCCAGGACCGGGCAGGGCAACCUGCUGCAGAUGGCCGUGGCGGCAGCGCGGGCGCGCGCCACCGUCGGUGAGAUCACACAGGCCAUGGAGGAGGUGUUUGGACGUCACGUGGCCACCGAUAAGUUCGUCUCGGGCGCGUACAAGUCCGAGUACGCCGACACGGAGGACCUGCAGAAGGUCAUGCAGAAGGUGGAGGAGUUUGCCGAGGAGGAGGGCCGCCGACCGCGCAUUCUGGUCGCCAAGAUGGGCCAGGACGGACACGACCGAGGCGCCAAGGUCAUAGCCACCGGGUUCGCCGACCUCGGCUUCGACGUGGACGUCGGCCCGCUGUUCCAGACGCCGGAGGAGGUGGCGCAGCAGGCGGUGGACGCCGACGUGCACGUGGUGGGCGUAUCGACCCUGGCCGCCGGCCACCGCACCCUGGUACCGGCGCUGGUACGAGCGCUGAGGGAGGCCGGCCGCGGGGACGCCCUGGUGAUUGUUGGAGGCGUCAUCCCGCCGCAGGAUUAUCAGAUGCUGUAUGAUUGUGGAGCGGCAGCCGUCUUCGGACCCGGAACCAAGAUCCCGGUGGCAGCGCUGGAGGUGCUCAACAUGAUCAGCUCCAACCUCAAGAAGCAGCAGCAGGCCGCCUGAGCCAGUCCCUUCUCAGGAGACACUGACAAGACCGAGUCUCAUCGGUCAGCGAUGGCUCAGCGCGCGUUUUCCCUCUGAGCACGUGAAGUUCACUGACAGGUUGGUGCGUGGCCUGCCAUUCACACAUCAUGGCAGUUGAUGUACUGCUCCUGCAAUGCGUCCUUAUCGGCAACGGAGGGGUUGGUGUAUGGUGUAUUUUUGUAGGGACACCUUUUGCGAGAGCGCCGUUGCGCGCCACAGGUUGUGGCGGAUGUUGUGGCCCUAGAAGUGUGAUAAAGCUCAGUCAGCUUAGCGGUGGUCAGCUGGCCAGUGACCGAAUUUCAGUGUCAGUAAAUAUGUUGUUUGUGUUGGUGGGAGGUAUUGGGGCGAUUUGCACUGUUUUAAGGAGUGGCGCGGAAUCAGUCGCGAUUCAGACCGCCGCACCUUUCAGGCCCCGGGUACUGGCCAUUCAUUUGACAAUAUGUAGACUGACAACUGUAUUUAUGUAAUAUGUACAAUGAUAAUAUGUAUAGUGCAAUACCGUGCCGGUGGAUGAUGCACGAAUAAACGUGUGUGAUUCUCA